ACAACAAGGUGGAGUCCAUGGCAAGCAAGCGCCAACGGUCCGCUGAGAGUCCCAAGCAAGGGGCCCCAGUGAGCAAGAGGCUGCGAGCACCUGGCUCCACCAACACGAACAAGACGAGACAGAGAGCAACGGUUGCUGAAACUGCCAGGCGGCAUCUCGCCGUUGCUCUCAUCGACAGAGGGGACCCUAACGGUAAAAUGUCUGCAGAGCGGUGGCGGUUGACCCAUAGUAAGCUGGUCGACGCACUGUUUGUCAGGAUGGAGAAUGUCCCAGACAGUCCAAUGCCUACAUUCGAAGGCACUGGCUGGAUGAAUGGUGUCAAGAUCCUGACAUGCAAGGACGACCCAACAUUGCAGUGGCUGCAAGCGACCGUACCCAAACUGGACGGACUGUGGGAGGGGGCCAAGCUGGACGUGGUGGACAGGAAUAAUAUUCCGUCCAUGCCGAAGGCGAAAGUCCUUUUCCCAAUAGUUGUUCAGGGCGAGCGGGCGCUUCAGCUGCUUAAAAAGCAGAACCCGGCCAUACCGACGAGUGAUUGGUCCGUGCUGAAGGUUGAUGAACCUUUACCCAGUGGUGGACAGCACGUAAUCAUUCAGAUCAACAAGGAGGCCGAGGAUCUGCUAUAUAAACGCAAUGGGAAGAUGGCGUGGGGCUUAGGGAGCGUGUACCUUCGCCUCAAGAAACGUCAUCCGAACGACAAGGACACACACACGCUGAGGUCAGGGGAGGUUGAGGCAGAUCUCGGUCUUGAGAGCGUGACCGACGCCACCCAGCACCUCAGCUUGACUGAUGAGACGGAGGAGAUGGGGGAGGAACUGUCCAUGGAGACGGGCCCCCCCGCGAGUUUGCUAACCUCUAAUGAGUGUGCUGCAACUCAACCUCCAUAAAUCUAAAACGGCUUCGGCGGAGCUACUCCUUGCCAUGGAGCAAGUGUCCGCCUACGCGGCUUUGGUCCAAGAACCGUGGAUAGCGUCGGGCAACACGGUUGCUGGGCUGAAGUCGCUUAAUUACGAUCUGUACGUCCCGACAUUGCAAUGACGAUCUUACCGUGGUGGUGCUGGAGAGCCGUGAGGGAUGUUUGCUGCUGGCAUCCUGCUACAUGGCCCACGACAUGCCGGCUCCACCUGACGAGCUGCGGAGGCUGGUGGACAUGGUCUGCUCCUCCAAAAAACACCUUAUCAUCGGAACGGACGCCAACGCCCACCAUAGCGUCUGGGGAAGUCCCGACAUUAACGACAGGGGUGAGUCAGUUCUUGAUUUUAUCCUUAACAAUAAGCUUAGACUAGCCAACGGAGGUGAGGUAUCUACCUAUGUAGGUCCCACCUCUUGUAAUGUGC